CGAUGUCAAUAGAGAUGCCUCCAAAAGCAAACUGUCGAAGAAGUCGAGGUCAUGAGCUAACUAAAUAAGAUGUCGAUUUUUUGUUUGAAGAAUACUUCCACCUAACUCUCUAACUGGGAAAUGGUGCCCACGCAAUUUCUACUGCGCUAACAAAAAUUAAUUUCACUGCAACUACUAUGGCCUUGAGCUACACCUUCUUCUCCAUUCCUUCAAAUCUCACCUCGAAUUUCCGCUGCCCUCUCAGAGUGCCUGCUCUGCAAUUUCUUCAGCUGUCUAAUCCGAGGACAAGGAGGAGGAUCCGCCGCGAACUGACGUCAGCAGCCGCCAUGUUCGCUGAGAGCACGCUUGUCAGCGAUGUCAUCGCCACUGGCUUGUCCGGCGGGAUUGCGUUGACUUUGCUGAAAAUCUGGGAAGAGACGGCUAAGAGAGGCGUCUUUGAGCAGAAACUGAAUAGGAAGCUUGUCCACAUCACUCUUGGAUUGGCCUUCAUGCUCUGCUGGCCUAUGUUCAGUGCAGGUCGUCAGGGAGCCAUUUUAGCUGCUCUCGUUCCCGGUAUAAAUAUAAUUAAAGUGCUUCUUUUGGGACUUGGUAUAUGGAAAGAUGAUGCAACUGUCAAGUCCAUGAGCAGAUCCGGAGAUCAUAGAGAGCUACUUAAGGGGCCUUUGUACUAUGCUUCCACAAUCACUUUAGCCAGUGCCAUUUACUGGAGAACAUCUCCAAUAGCAAUUGCUGCAGUUUGCAACCUAUGUGCCGGUGAUGGCAUGGCUGAUGUUAUCGGCCGGCGUUUUGGUAACAAAAAACUUCCCUACAAUCCGAAUAAAUCACUUGCUGGCAGUAUUGGAAUGGCGUGUGCUGGUUUCCUAGCUUCCAUCGGAUACAUGCUCUAUUUUUCGUGGCUUGGAUACAUUGAAGAAAGCACCAAAAUGGUGCUCGGGCUUUUAAUUGUCUCGAUUGCUACUACAUUAGUUGAAUCCCAUCCUCUAAGCACCGAGCUGGAUGACAACUUGACGGUGCCUCUCACGGCUGUGUUAGUUGGCAGUGUAAUAUUUUGAUCCCGGUCCAUAGCUAUAGAGAACCAUUCAAUAAUAUAUUAAUAUUUGUAAUGUUUGUUCAUUUUAAAUGUCCUUGUUGUGUUUGUUUUGAGUGGCAAGGUAUAGGUUACUGGAUUCAGCCCCUUUUAUUCAAUCCAAGAUUGAGAUUAGGGUCAUAAAAGAAUUGAUUUUUUUUUUUUUUUUUU